GGCCGGGGGAGGGCGCGAGCUGCGCUUAAAGGGCCCGCAGCGCACACGCCGUGGUCCGAGGCGCGGGGUCGGGGUCGGGCGGCCGCCGGCCGGGGGCUGCCCGGGGCGGCUCUGCGCGGUUGGCGGCGGGGCCGAGGGGUGGCGGCGGAAUGGAGCAGGCAGCGCCCAAGAGCAAACUGAAAAAGCUCAGUGAAGAUAGUUUAACUAAGCAGCCUGAAGAAGUCUUUGAUGUUUUGGAGAAACUUGGUGAAGGGUCUUAUGGUAGUGUGUUUAAAGCAAUACACAAAGAGUCUGGACAAGUUGUAGCAAUCAAGCAGGUCCCUGUGGAGUCAGAUCUUCAAGAAAUAAUUAAAGAAAUCUCUAUAAUGCAACAAUGUGACAGUCCCUAUGUUGUCAAGUACUAUGGCAGCUAUUUUAAGAACACUGAUCUGUGGAUUGUUAUGGAAUACUGUGGAGCUGGUUCUGUUUCGGACAUAAUUAGACUUCGUAACAAAACGCUAACAGAAGAUGAAAUUGCAACUAUUCUGAAAUCUACUCUUAAAGGACUUGAAUAUUUGCACUUUAUGAGAAAAAUACAUAGAGAUAUCAAGGCUGGAAACAUCCUCCUUAACACUGAAGGGCAUGCAAAAUUAGCUGAUUUUGGUGUAGCUGGCCAGUUAACAGAUACAAUGGCAAAACGUAAUACUGUUAUAGGAACUCCAUUUUGGAUGGCUCCAGAAGUAAUACAGGAGAUUGGCUAUAACUGUGUGGCAGACAUCUGGUCCCUUGGUAUCACUUCAAUAGAAAUGGCUGAAGGAAAGCCUCCAUAUGCUGAUAUUCAUCCGAUGAGGGCUAUUUUUAUGAUUCCUACAAAUCCUCCUCCAACCUUUCGGAAGCCAGAGCUCUGGUCUGAUGAAUUCACAGAUUUUGUGAAGAAAUGUUUAGUGAAAAAUCCUGAACAAAGAGCUACAGCAACACAGCUGCUACAGCACACGUUUAUAAAGAAUGCAAAGCCUGUUUCAAUUUUAAGGGACCUGAUCACUGAAGCCAUGGAGAUAAAGGCAAAGCGACAUGAGGAACAGCAGAGAGAACUAGAAGAGGAGGAAGAAAACUCGGAUGAAGAUGAGCUGGACUCACACACCAUGGUGAAGACCAGUUCAGAGAGUGCUGGUACCAUGAGGGCUACAAGCACGAUGAGUGAAGGUGCUCAGACGAUGAUUGAACACAACAGCACUAUGUUAGAGUCGGACUUGGGGACCAUGGUAAUAAAUAGCGAUGAUGAUGAAGAGGAGGAUGGGACCAUGAAAAGAAAUGCUACUUCACCGCAAGUUCAAAGACCUUCUUUCAUGGACUACUUUGAUAAACAAGAUUCCAAGAAUAAAAGCCCUGAAAAUUGUAAUCAGAACAUGCACGAACCUUAUCACAUAUCCAAAAAUGUUUUCCCUGAUAACUGGAAGGUCCCUCAAGAUGGUGACUUUGAUUUUUUAAAGAAUCUAAGUUUAGAAGAAUUACAGAUGAGAUUAAAGGCUUUGGACCCUAUGAUGGAACGAGAAAUUGAAGAGCUUCGUCAGAGGUACACUGCAAAAAGGCAGCCUAUCCUAGAUGCAAUGGAUGCCAAGAAGCGGAGACAACAAAAUUUCUGAGUUUGUUUUACUUUCAGAGAUAAUGCUACGAGUCAAUGUGGACACUGGUAACUUUAUAAGUCUGAAGGAAUUUUAUUAUGAGAGUUUUAAAAAUCCAGUCUUUUCAAUUUUCCUUCACAACCGAUGACAAUUGGAGCAGUGAAAGAACACAUGGUGUUCUCCAAAGGCAGUGAAACACAUUACCACUCACUAUAUUUUCAACUGUUUAAUGUAAUAGAAGUUUAAUCUGUUACUUCCCAAUCUUUUUCAGGUGUAUCGUGGUAACUUUGUGUUGUACAUUAGGAGUUGUGUUUUGGAGCACCUGGAACUAUUUCUUGAUUGUGCAACACUACAGAGCCUUAUGUUGCAAUAUAUUUUCCUCCCACUUAGUAGCAUAUUUAUUAUGUAAUCUUUGGUUAUCCUAUUUAUUUUAUGCCUGUUUUCUUUUUAUUAGGAAAUGUUAGGAUAAUAUUGUGGAGAGCAGAGCCAGAUAAGAUAAAAUGAGUAUUGUAGGAUAAUGAAAAGAAACUCACCACUAUAUUGUCUUUUAAAACUCCGAUUUCAGCAAUUGUCCCAAUUCAGGACAGCACUUGAACAUGUGUCCAGUCCCUUCCUAUCAGUACAACUUUAAGCAUAAUCUAAAUAAUAAGCACAUGUUUUUCUGUUCUGAAUCAGGGAUUGUAGCUGUAGUUGAGCAAUACAAUUGCUACACUCGAGACCAUUCUUUUAAAUAAUAUUUCUAUCAUUUUUAUGCACACCGAAUGAUCUCUCACUAAACAAGAAAACAAGUGCCUAAUUGGUUUUGAUUUUUCUAUUGUUCAGGAGAAGCAAUGCUCGCAGUCACUCCUGCAGUGUAAAUUUUCAAUUGCUGUCGCAAUUCUGACCAGUAUAAACCCCUGUUUUGCACCUAGUUUUGUAAUGAAGUAGCAGCUACACUUUCUGGAUAUGUGGGAUUAUUUUAUUUUAUUUUUUGGUUCAUUUAAUUUUAUAGCACUAUUUUGAGGGGAGAGGGGAGUUAGUAGUGGUUUGGUUUGGUUUCACAUUAUAGACGUUAAGGGAUAGUAAUUUAAAAGCCAAAGAAAAUCAAUUGAAUACUUACACAUAGUAAGUACUGAAAAGAAGCAAUGUCUUGCAGUCCUCGGAGGGUUCUGUCCUGCCGUCACCGAACAUUCAAAAUUCCUGUAGUCUUCUGUGGUAGAUUUUGGGGAAUGGGAAACGCAGGACCAAGCUCUUAAUAACUUUUUACGACUUCUUUUGUCUGAUUUAUAUUGUGUGAUAUCUAGUAGGUAGAAUUUACAACAUUGCAAGAACUAUUUCAGACUUAGCCGAAAAUGUGAUCCACUUUCUGAACAAUCUACUGUGUUCUCUAUUGCAAUCUUUACAAUUGUUGCCUUUUGUGUAAUUAACUUUACUGUGAUAGUCAUACUUUUUUAAACAGUACAGCUGAAAAGACCUUUACUUUCAACCUCCAGCUGUUAAGCUUUUAAUGGUGACUACUGUACGGGCAUCUUCUGUUGAAUGUUUUCUGGAAGUUAGUAAUCAUCUCAUACCUCUUAACAUUUACUGUCAUCAUCCGCGGACCAUUUAGACAGAACAGUGCAGAUUUUGGAAAUGGUGCAUUAGAUCACAAAGCUUAUGCAAAAGGAAAACAAUAGAUACUACAAGAUCAGCAUAUUACAGCCAUGCUGGGACCAGUAUUUGGUUUGAGCUGUAUCACAGCCAUUGUUGUCACUGUCAUUGUGUGUGUGUGUUUGCGUGCAUGCCACGCUCUAAUCUGUAAACCCUAGAGUGAAAUAAAUUUUAAUUGUGAUUGUUAGAACAUCCUUACCCUCAACUCUUUUAUAUUUCGUAAAAUAAAGACCAUCCCUUAUGAAGAAGCAAGAACACAGAAGAUCCAUAAAAAUCACUUUAGGCAAGAUAAAUGCACCUUGUAUUCUUAUGCCUCACAUUUAUACAAUGAAAUGAUGUAAAGUAAAAAACAAAAUAGUAUAAUCAUAUCACCGUAUCAUUAGACUAUAAUCAUAAUGCAGAAGAAAUAACAGAACAGCGGCAACCCCCUCAACUGUAUGGUUCUUAUUUAUUUAAAACUCAUUAAUUCUUCAACUUUCUGGUGUGUGUGUAUACAUAUAUACCUACAGACACACAUCCAUAUAUAAGCCGAAAUCUAGAACAGGAAGAUUUAAACUACCAGGAGAGGAGCCUAACCUGCCUUUUGUAGGUGUGCCUUUUAAGCAAAGUGUCCUUGUCCAGACACUCUUGCUCGCAUCGUUAGCGGCUUUCUUUCCCCUUAUUCUCUGAAACUCUUCCAGCAGGAAAGGGCUUUGAUUUGAAUAAUGUCUUUACAGUGUAAUAUAUAAUGUAAUAUAAUGAUCACAAUUUUCAUAUUUUGUGUAUUCUGAAAGCUUUUUAAUGCAGUGAAAGCUUUUUAAUGCAGUGCGCUAAAUAUGAAUUAACUGUCCAGCAGGACUCCAAUAAAAGGCCUUUUUAGACUAGACGCGUUGCAGUCUGACAUCUGAAAGGCAUCAGAAGAUAAAGGGCAUCCUCUCUCCACUCCUGAUCCAUCUGCAUAGAAAUAAUUCGUGUAAACUUUGUGCACUUGCAUACACACAUGCAGGAGACAAAUCUGAAAGCCAUGGAAAAAAAUAAAAUAAGAAAGAAACAAGCCACUUAAAGGUAAAAAAAAUAAAAUAAAUAAAUAGCUUCUGAGACACUGUAACCUGGGUAGAUACAGGAAGCUCGUGACCAAAGAACACUUCCACCAAUGAAUAUGAAAUGAUUCAUGUUGCCCUUCUGGGAUGUGCACACUGCAGUCAGUGUCAAAGCUGGUUUUGGCUCCAGAGGCCAGAAUAUCAGGCUCUGAGUGAAGUGCAAGCAUAAUAUAUAGAAAUAGGUUUCAUAUUAAGAGAUGGACACAACUUAUUUUUUCUUUCUUCUGUUCAUACAAAUGAAUCAAAUCAUCCGUGUGGAUAGCUACACAUCUCCACUGGAGGGUGAGCGUCUCUGUAGAGGAAAGCAGAUAGCACAAUGAACAGGACGUUUUGAAAGCAAGACUUGGAGGAAACCUGGUAGAACUACUGACAAGUUAACCUUCAGUGAGAUUUUAAUCGAGAGAUUUCUUGUUUGUUUCUGACUUUGUUUAGGUUUAGGAAGGAAAAAAAAAAGAGGAAAGAAUUACUUAUUACUAAACAUUUGUAAUAAAAGCUAAUUUUUCAUGUA